AUGCGUUAAUAAGUUACUUUUUACACUGAAGUCAUCAUUAUUAUUGACCUUAGUUUUUAUAAAUCAUUUAAGUUUAUUAUAAUCAUAUAUACACAUUGUACAAAUUACUGAAAUCAUAACUACUAGUAACUAGAAUUAUAGAAAUCGAUUUAGUUUAUUAUAACCAUUUUAUAAAGAAACCUAUUCUGUGUUCUGAUUGUGCUUCAUUUUGUGUAUUUUCAUUUAUUAACUUACUUGUUAAUUUCAUUUACUUUUACAAUGUCUAACUCUGCGUAUGAUACUUAUAUAUCACCUCUAUCGACAAGAUAUGCUUCAACAGAGAUGAAAUUCAAUUUUAGUGACAGGAAAAAAUUUACUACAUGGAGAACUCUUUGGACUUUACUAGCACAAGCUGAAAAGGUAUAUUAUGUUUAAUUUUUUAAAUUUUUUUUGUUCGGUUUUUGUCAUAAAGUUAUACCCUAAACACUAUUCUUGAUUUGAUAAAUGUUUUUAAUAGUGAGUGUGUAAUUCAUAUUGAUUAGGCACCUACUAUUUUUGAAUAGGUACUUUGAUUCAAUUCAAAUGAUUUUUAACAUUUUAAAUAAAUAAUUAUAUAAUGUAUACUAUUUAGGUAGGUAACUGUAGAAUAAUUUUAGUGGUAAUUGUUAGUAAGAUUUAACAAUUAUUGAUAGCUAAUAAUUAAUAAUUAUUUUAAAAUAUAUUUAACAGGAAAAAGUACUUAUUGAUUUGUAUUAUUUUCAUAAACAUAUUGUGAAUAAUCAAUUAACAGUUGACUUAAGUAUUGUUGUAUAGAUUCUAUUUUGAUAUUUGUAUACAAUCAAAAUAAUUAUACUAUUCAUUUAGUGGUUUUAACUUUGCGUAUUAUUACUAAUUUACUAAUAAUUUUAUUAACAAAAUAAGCAUUACUAAUUUUAGAAGUGUAGUGUGAAAUAUUGUGUAGGUAUAAGUCUUAAAUGUGUACUUAUUAAUAACAUAAACUCCUCGUUUUAUUUCAAAUUGAAGGAAAGAUGGGAAGAUUUAAAGAAGAAUAUUUCAAUUAAUCCACAGGGUAAUCGAGUGAGAUUCAUUCCUAUUGUUCCUAAUAACGCUAAUCGUCCGAAUGUUUUACCAUCUACGAUUCCAUCACGUAGUUUGUUAUUUAAACCAUUCAUUCCAAAACACAUAACCAUUUGUCCUAGUAAAGAAAAUGUCAACUUAAUAAAACAUCUAAAUGAUAAUGAAAAUAAAAAUGUAACGUCCAAUGCUCAAAUGGAAACUCCUUUUUAUCCAGCCAGAUUCAAUGUAAAAGAUUACAAAUCUUCUAGUCUACAAUUUUCUCAGCAUGAAGUAAAAAAACUUAGUUCAUCAACUUCUUUUGUAGAAAACUGUGAUAUAGAAAAUAGUUUACAUAGUGUACCUCUACGCACUAUUUGGACUAAUGAAAACCCAAACAAUUUUGAAUCUAACUUAUUAAAAAAAAAUUCAUUUGGUAAACCAUUUUCAUCAAGCUUAAGUUGUGUGUCCCAAACUAUACAGAGUACAAAUUAUGGAGUAAAAUCUAAAACUCAGAGUAAGAUUGCUCAAGUAUUGCCACCAAAUAUGAGGAACACAAUUAAUAAUUCAAGAUACUUUAAAUCUUCAUAUUCUUUAUUUACAUCUCCGGUUCACAAUUUAUAUCCUAUAGCUGAAAACACUUCUUUUUUUACUACAGAAACUGAAAAUACAUCAUCUUGUACUUUUGGUCAAGACACCAAUACUUUGGAACAACCAAAUUCUUUUAAUUGUAUAAACAAACCUUUUAACGUAGAUGAUAUCUGGAAAAAUAAUCAGUUUCAACCUCCAAGAAUGUGACACCUUCUUAUAUUACCAUAAUUGUAUCCUAUAUUCUACAUGAUCUACAAUUGUUUAUAUUGAUACACUGUAGUUGAAAUGGUACGCUUAACCUUAUGAUGACAUCAUUUUUUAUUAUUUUUUUUUUAACUUUAAGAUAUGAUUUAAACAAAAUAUUUGUGGCAAAUUAGAUUUGUAACAUAAUUAUUCCGUUAAAAUAUUAAUAUAAAUAUAGUACCUAAUAUAAUUUUUCAUUGAUAAAUUAGAAUAUUAAUGCAAUUAUAAUAUAAUAUUGUGAAAUUAUUUUAUUUUUAAUAAUUAUAUAAUUUUAUACACCAAUCUCCCAUAAAUUAAAUUUGGAUAAAAUUGAAACAUAGUGCAAAAAUAUAACAACAUAGUUUUUUACAAUUUUAUUAUUGAAUAAAUUUAAAAAAAAAUUAUUAAAAAUCUAAGACAAUUGUUGUAAAUAUCUUAUUAGAAAAAAAGAUUCCACCCUAAAUGUUCCAUUGUGUUUUAUGUUGCACAUUAAUUUCGAUAUUUUUAAUUACAGAAUUAAAAUAAUCAAUAUGUUAAAAAUCCGUCCUUAAGUUUUAAUUGCACUAAUACAAAUUACAACUAGGACAUUUGAAAUAUAAGUGUAAAGAUGUUUUAUUUGUAUUUAUUGUUAUAUUUAAUUCGACCAAUUUAUUGUUGUGUAUUUUUUUUUUCACUUUAAUAAUAUUAAUAUAUUAACAUUAUGCAUAGUACCUAUUUAAUGUUUGUUUAAUAAUUGAUGUAAAAUUACUGGUUAAUUUUAAUUAUAAUGAAAUGUAUGUCGAUUUAACAAGUGCAUUAAUUUUUGAAUUAAAAUACAUAACUAUAUUACCACUUAAAAUAAAAAAAAGUGUUAUCGUGUUGAUAUUAAUAAUAAAUUAAUGUUAACAAAUUAAAUAAUAAUUAUAUAGGCUCCUGUAAAGUUAAAAAAAAAUACAAGGUACAUACAAAUAUAGUUAACACACAGACCGUUGAUAAGUUUUAAUGGGUUUAGGUUAGGCUUGUUAGGGGAUGUUGUUGGACGACAGUCCGCACAUCUCCUUAAGGUUCAUUUAUGUAAUUUAGGAAUUUAUUAACCUUCUCCUCAUAGUAAAGACGUAAAUUGUACAUAAUAUGGUAAAUGCUAUUUCAUAAGUUGUUUAAUAAAUUAUGGCAACAGUGAGUGAAGUAUUGUGUUAAACAGACCCCUUACUGCUGUCGAUUAUACUUGGAAAAAUUGGUGUUAACUGGUUCAGUUAUUAUUUAAUAAUGGACAAUGGUUAUCUCAUAAUAUUAUAGAUACCAAUAAGUAUAUCUAGUAAGUUAUCAGUAAGUUGUAAGUUUGUUUUGUUUGUAUUUAUUCAAGGUAAUUAAUCAUAAGACACUCAUUAUCUCGAAAAGUAUUAACUUGUUGGGUUUUUUUUGAAAAUGUAUGAAACAAGCAACUCUAAAAAGCUUAUAUCGCUGUUAUCUUUUGGAGUAAAACCCAUUUUUGAUUUUAAAUUAGGAACUUUUUUAAAAUAUUUCAUAAAUAAAUGAAGUUUUACUUUAAAUACAUUUUUGUUUUGACAUUUUAAAUUUCUGUCAAACCGUUGAUUAGAUUUUCUAUAUUUAUGUUUGUGUGGAUGUGCGGCACGUGGUAAUUGAAAAUUGCUCCACUAUACUCUCUCGCUAUCCAAACUUAAAAGUGGAAAAAAUGUCAUCGCAUUUCUAAACUAAAAUUUCUACUAUUUAUGGAAUUUUUAUUAUUGGUAGCUAUUUGGAAAUCAAAAGUGGAAAGUGAUUUCACCCGAAAAAUAAAAUAGAACAAAUUGAUAUUGCAAUGUGAUAUUUUAUAAUUGCUUGUAUCUUAAAUUUUCUUAAUACUCAUGAUACUUUCCGAGAUAAUGAGUGUCUUACCGAGGGGCUGAGCACCCUGUAUAAUAAUUAUGCUAGAACAAUCUCGACAAUCAGCUCAUCGCGGUGUGUCGUUAAGUAUAUAGGUAACCUGCGUGUAUGUUAUUCCUAAAUUAACUGCGUGAAAUUAAGUUUGAAGUAAACACAUUUAAAAGCCAAUUCAAGAAUACAUCCUCCCCCGGGUUAUGCGUGCACCGGUUACUGACGUACGUCCCCGCGUUUUACCCAUACUUGAACGUCAACGCGAAGUCGGUGAAAAACGUGAGGGACGUAAGCGUGGUCAUCACGGCCGACGAUAUCAUCAAGUCCAUUCGGUUUUUAGACGGGCGCACCUGUAGGGCGAAUUGCAGGGCUCUCCAGUCCGAAAAUAUGACGCCGGCUGCUAUGGCCAGCAUCACGCCGUACCAACACGACACGAUAAGACACUACAAUAAAUUAUAAUACACGAACGUGCGGACAUUAUUACGCCGUGUAAACAAUAAUAAUUAUUAAAUAUUCCGAGUGCGUUGAUGACAAGGUCUUACCGGUUUUUUCGGGAUCUUUUGCUGCAAGAAAUGGCUGACCACGAUGAGCAGAUCGACCAGGACGGCGCCGGACAGGGCCGAGUACACGAAACCGGCCCUGCCGGUGGUCGUGUGCAGCCUCGACGAGUACGGGCUGAUGGUCAGACAGAUGCUGGUCAAGCCCAGUAUCUAAAAAUACCGAGAAAAAAAAAACGGCCGGAAUGAGACGAGAGACGACCGUUAAGACAGUCGAGUAUGUAUGAAUAUACCGUGUACAAUGUUUUUAUAAUAUUUAGUGAGCCGGAUAAGAGACGGCGAAUCACGAGGAAAAGCGGUUAAAGUGUACAGGUUAUUGAGUAAAGACGAAUCGGCCUGAUCGGAUAUGCGGGGACUGCAGAGAGAACAAUUUACGCGCAGGAAGAUCGGACGCCGGCUGUGCGUGGGAUACAGGUGAAGAAAAAGAAUGUUUAAAAAAAACGGUGCCCCGCGUAUUGGACGGUACGCAUUGCGAACACGGCGAUAAAACGAUAGACGGUAAUAAUAAUAAUAAUAAUAAUAAUAAUAAUGGAUAAUGUCACUCACGAUUUCCACGACUUUGAUCAGGAACGGCGAGGCGGCCAGCAGCGACUCUUUGAGCGACUUGUCGUUGGCCAUGACGUUCGCGUACCCGUGGACCGACUGCCGAUGACUGCGACUGCCCGCCGCAGCGACGGUUAUUGUCGUCGACGCGCCCGCGUUGCAGGGGCGCGAUGCCCGUUAAUUGGAACUAAUGGAACACGACCGCGAUGCCACUUCUGUAAUACGCCUAGGUACCUAUAUGAUAAAAAAAAAAUUACCGAUUCGUUCGUCGUUGUUAUAUAUUGUAACGCGGGGUAUACCACUCCCUCCGGCGACCAAUGCUGCUGCUGCUGCUGCUGCUGCUGAUAAUAUAAUAUCUUCUCUCGUAAACGGCGUUGUGUCCACGGCGGUAUUUCGUAUUGUUAUAAUAUCAUUAUCGUUUUCGUAUAUAGGUCGUCCGCAACGGAGGAAACGCGUCGUCGUACCUACUGCGCGAGUCUUCUGUGCGCACAGCGCAGCCCGGCGUUUACACCCGGUCCGCGAACCGUUUCGCGGUCAGCGCGGCGUUUUGUCCGCAGACGAAUGGAUCGCGUGCGCUGGAUGUUCAACGCCGUUUAGGCGCGCGUAAGGCCAAAUGGCAAGGUUUUCGAGGCGCGAAAGAAAUAACCGAUACCCGGCCGGGUCGGGUCCGUUUCUCGACGGGACCACCUCGAGUACCUCUAGUCUGUUAAAAGGAUGUUUCAAUUAUCAGUUGACACUUAAGAAUUGUACGUAAUUGUUGUUAUUCCUUGUUUUUGGUGCUCCGUGCAUUUUGUUUUAGCGACAUAAGGAUUCUGUGGACAAAAAAAAAAAAGUUUGAAAACCGCUGAAUUCUGGAAAAAUGUUCUGUUCAGACCGUGUGUUAGAUUAGGAAUAAUAGAAAUGUUGUAUUCAAACAGAUUACGGUUUAAUAAGUCAAUGAUUAUAGCACAUUUACGUCAAUCGCCCGACCUUUACGCGAAAUCCAUAUAAACGCGUGCGCCGAACCCGGUACGUUUUUGUUAUGACAGGUUGUGAACGAAAUUGUCUUUUUAGAUUCUGAGCGGAGCGAGGAAUGUAUUGGUUUUCCGUUAACGUUUAUUCGUUUUUUGUUUUCUGUGGACUACUUUUCUUUCGGAAAUUCUGCUCCGUUUUGCAAUGUUAGCACUUUUUCCCAAAGGAAAUCUGCCCGGGGAGGUGCUUUAGGGAGGUCGUUUUUUGAUUUUCUCAAGAGUUCCCAGUAAAUGGUAAUAACAUAGGGAAAAAUAGGUAGAAUGUUAAACAAAUAUUAUUUAAGAAAAUGUAUCGCGUAUAAUAUGUAAUUAUUUUCCCAUAACGUGGCACGAAAUAAUCUACAUAUAUAUGUCGUUGACGAAGUCACACUGUCGACCGAACUCCGCUCGGAAUCGUUAAAUUCGUCGUUUAGCAAUAGUUAAUUUCCUUUUGUUUUUUUCUUUUCCAAUCCGGAUAGACGCUCUCCGACGGACGUAUCCAUAACUCCGGACGGUUAAACUCUAUAACAUUGUAUUGUCGGUUGUGCGAUAUUUGUUGCGUACGCGUCUUUCGUCCGCGUACCCGCGACGUACUUUACGCAACGCCGCCGCGCGCCGGACGCGCGGUGUGAACGUCGCCGACCCGAAAACGCAUUUCGUCCGGCGGCGGUUUCCUUUUCAUGUUGUUGUUGCUACGAUUACGGUGCGGUUUUCCCGAAACGAAUCGCGAUUCGUCUCGCGCCGGUGCGCGUGUAUUUCCAGCCGGCCGCCGCGCGCCGAGUUUUCCUGUGCGCGCGCAGUGCGUGUAGGCGAGCGCGGAUUGGGUACCGCGUCCGCGGAAAACCAGAAAGCGGCGAAAACCACGGGCCGCGAGAAAAAAAAAACCGCAUUUAAAACUCCGCGAUUCCGUGACCCGCCGACUGUUUGUUUUAAUAUCGAAGGCGUCGCCGGACGCGUAUAGGUGCGAAUUGAUGUCGAAUUUUUUUUUUUUUUUUAUAAUUUAUACGCAACGCGUUUCGCGACGGCGUCGCAUGGUGUUAACAGAAGCCUUUCGCGCGGCCCCCUGGUAAACGUCGAACGUUCCUGUAAAUCUUAUUAAUUUCUCGAAGGUUAACGUUUUUAAUUGUUUAGUGGGUUGGAAAACACGGUUUUCGUUGCGACAGUGUAAUUGUGCAACAGGUCAGCUACCACGCGUACACGUUAGCGCCGUACACAAUAAAUCGAUCAGACCCGCCGGCAUUGUUUUAUCCAUUGCGCCUCGCGUGAAUAUUCAGUGUGUUUUAACGAACAGUAAAGUCUUCAAAAUAUCCCUACUAUAAGAUAUUGUUUCGCUGAUUUUUUAUUCAACCCCAGCCCGAAAACAUUUCCAUGUUAAUAUGAUUAAGCCAUUUAAAACGUCAUGUUUAGUUUCGGGCAUUUAGCAAUUCUGCAAUUAUUUUGUUUGGUAAUUUUCAAAAUUUGUUUAUAUUGAAAACUAUACGAAAUCGAUUUAAGCCCGUCUUCCUUGGCAUCCAAGAUAAAUGUGAUUCAACAACUUUAAUAAUUGUGUAUAUAAAAAGAGCCGAACAUGGGUGCAGCCACUGUUGUAGGUGAGAAGUUGGUAAGGUAGUGGAGGGGAAAUUUAAUAAUGCAUAUCUGUAAGCAACGACAAACCGUUGCUAAUGAAAAAACGAUGGAGUUCAGUUUAUAGUGAUGCUUUGUCAACAAUAUACAGUGGAUUCCGCUUAAUGUGGGCACACGUCGGGACCAGCUCUGUUUACCCACAUUAAGCGGCUGCCUAUGAAAAUCGAAAUUAAUUCAAAAGCAUAAACAUUUGUAAUAUCAAAAAAGUAGUUUGACUUAAAUUGAAAAAAAUGUUAAAUUACUGUAUAAAUAAAACUAAAUAUAACAUACUAAAUAAAAUUACUAUUUGAAUAUGGAAGGCGUAUACAUAACGUUGUAAUUGCUUGUUGUCUAAGCUGUGUAGAGUGGAUCUGGUUAAUAAAAAGUGGACAUACGAUUCAAGCUUAUUAGACGAGCUAUUUUCGAUACCCUCUUGCAUGAACUCACACGCAAGUCUUUAUAUUUAAUCAACAAAAUUCCAUUAAGGUUAAGUGUUAAUGCUUUUUAUUAUAAUAAUUUUUGAUAAACACAGUAUCAUAAAUACGACGAAACUCGAUUAUAUUAGUCGUUUUCAAAUACAUAUUAACAUAUGUAUACAUUCUAGCGUUACGAUAAAAUAAAAAUUGCCCAUAUUAUGCGAUUUUUUUUAACCUUAUUAAUAUAUAAUUGUAUUGAAUCUGUGUUUAAUAAGGACGGGGGGAGGGGUGUUACUAUUUGAAAAUCGAAAGUAUACAUUUACCUGUUUUAGGUAUUCUAAAUUGAAAAUAGUAUUUGAAUACAAAUUCCAUAACGGUGGAAAAAACAACAGAAAUGAAAUUCACUUAAAAUCUUCCUAUAACAGAAAAUCGCCGGGUCACGUUAAGUGGAUCACCCUGUAUUUUUUUUUUUUUUUUUUUUUUCCCCCCGCCAUAAUAUUACAAAAGCAUAUAUUGUGUCGUUUACUUAUACAUCAAUUUAAACAGUGAAAAAAAAAAUGUAGGCCAUUGAUUCUAUUAAUGGUAAUGUCUCGCUUACGUUCAGCGUGACGCGGGAUAAUGUUAUUUUAACGCGAAUACUUACCUACAAAUGCAUCACCAUCACACAUCUGCUUCAUUCGAAAAAAGAAAUACUAGUAUUUUGACAUUUGAACGUUCUUCUGUGUACAUUUUAUAUGUGCCGUUUUUUUUUCCCACCUGUUUACCUACGGUUAUUUUAAACUAUUUCCGCUGUGUGAUUGAUUUAAUAAAUUACCUCUUCAAAGCGUAUGUAUAUGUAUACUGCAUGUGUUUACUGCGUUUGGAAAAUAUUAUUUACACAAUACAACCGUUGUACAAUCUGUAAUAACCCGUUCGAUGCGUUCAGAAUUUGUUUCACGGAGGACUUAGACGUAAAUAAGAGGAGGGAGGAUGAUGCUUAGGAGGUCUCCCAGAGUCAUCUCAAGCACUACCUAUAAUAUUCAAAUCAAUUUUCAACAGUUUAAUUUCAAAUCAAUUUUCACCUGUACUUGGACUUAUUGUUUCAUAUUAAAAUACAUUGUGCAAAAAAAAAAAUUAUUCUAAAAUAUGUAAGUAUUGUACGCGUUUUAUACCCGGUGUGCGCGCGUGUGACAUGAAAUACCUAGAGAUUUCCUUUCAUAGUUUAUUAUUGAACUUCACAUUGCCUACUAUACAUACAUUUUACUAAAAUGGUAUGUCGAACAAAGUAUGUUCAUUUUAUUACAGCAUUGACAAAUGUAAUGUUUUAUAUCGCGUGAAGGUUUAAAUGUGACCUUAUAAGUCUAUUUAUGUUUGUAUAUAAAACAAAUUUGCAUUUGUAACUGUAAGAUUAUCUUUUUUUUUUUGCCAACGAUAAUAUUGUUGAAAAUAUUUUAUUCAUUAAGAUACCUAUAGAUUAUUUAUUCUUAAAAAAAUCACGACAAAAAGACAAAUUGAAGGGCUUGGUGUGACAAUCAGAUAAAUCCACUUUUUAAAAUUGUUCAACAUGAAUAAAAAUUAUUUUUUAGUUAACUGGUUAUUGCACCAAGCCCUUCAAUUAUUAAAACGAAAAAUAAUAUACGUAUUAAUUGAUAAUAUUGUUUACCAUACAGAGAUGUUUUUUUUUAGUAUGAACAAUAUGAACCAGCAGUUAUCUCGGAGGAUUUUUAUUGAAUUUGAUUUCUGUUUUUUCUUUUUCAAUCAUUGUGGAAUUCGUUUGGCUUUAUUUUAAAACCAUUUUUAAUUUUUUACCCCUAAUCCGUGUACCUUAUAAAUAAGGUCUAUACUUUGACUUUUCAAAUAAUGGUAAAAAAUUAAAAGCGAUUUUAAAAUAAUAAAGCUUAUAACCGAUUUCACAACGGUUAAAAUAAUAAAAAAAAAAAACAGAAAUCGAAAUUCAUCUAAACUCAUCGGAGAGAAGUUCUGAUCCACGAGAUAAAAAAAUCACCAUGUAUACAAAUAUGUUCGUAUGAAUUGUUUGGUUGCGCUAAUCUCGAGAACUCCAAAAACUCAACCCCCAGUGCGAUUGACAAUUGAUUUUUGGUAUUGUAGUUCAAAAAUCGAAAUUUUGUCCGUGUGUUUCUCCGGAUUGUCUUGGUCACGCGGAUACCUCGGUCAAUUAAAAUCGCAAGCACGGGCAACGCUGUCGCCGGGUCGGACGGCUAUAGUUUUUUUUUUUUUGUAUAAUAUAUGCAUUGAGAUCCAGUCGAACAGUGAUAAUCACACACGUAUUCAUGUGUGAUAAAAAGAAGCAAACUCAAUGAAUUGUAUUAAAAUAUAAAUAAUGCGCUGCGGUAUAUUAUUUUCAACUUAAACGACUAGAAUAUUAUAAAUAUUAUUUACAAAAAACACUAAUAUUAUUGUACAUUGACGGGAUCGACGACGAGUAAAUUAUAAGAAAACAAUAGUAAUGAUUAUAUUGUAUUUACGAUACGUGUACAAUGAGUAAUAAUAUUGUGCAUGAAAUGUCAAACCGGAUGUGUGUAUAGUUUAUGGGGCGCGUCCGAUGGUUUUUAUUCGUUUCAAUUCGUGCGUAUUUUAUAUCCGGCCGGUUUCCGGCAGUGUGCGAAAACGACGGCCGACGGAUUCGCGGUAGGGGGAGGGGGGGUUUAUAGUCUCUACUACCGAUUCGUGGAAACUACGUGUGUAUAGGCAAAUCAACUUAAUACAAUUAAUUAUAAUAUUAUGUAUAACUGUCUGGCUGGGCGAUCGCUUCUUAGUCCGCGGCUCCGUUUCGUCAUUCGAACUCCAUUUCCCUCGCGAAAUGUAUGAACGACAGCACGGUGUCCACCAGGUACACGGCCCCGGACAGCACGCACAACACGCCCACCGUGAUGCCUAUGGCCCGUUCGGAACUCACGCUGAUGUAUUUGUUCUCGUUUUGAUAGCCGAUCCAAUAGUGCAGAGCUAUGCCGCCGACCGCGAUAAACAUGAACAUGCCCACAAAGUUCAUGAUGAUGUCCUGUUGAAAAAUUCACCGAAAAAUAACCGAGUUGAACUAAUAAUAAACUCGUCGGGUGCCGCGGGGUAGGGGGGAGGGGCGGUGUAAAAAGUGUUGCACCGAACAAACGGCCGGUUCGCGCCGUUAUUGAGUCGUGUCGUUAUUGUAAUUAAAAACAAAAACGAAAAAUGGAUACAUAAAUGGACGUACGAUUGGACACAAAUAAAGUUUUGAAAAAAAUAUUAACGCGUGUAGAGUUUAGAAAAAACAAAAGAAAAGAAAGCUCGGAGCAUUAUAAAGAUCGUGUGUGUGUGUGUGUGUGUGUGUGUGUGUGUGUAAUGCAUACGACCGAUUUCGAUUUGAAAUAUCGAGAAGAAGCGAAAACGCAUUAAUACGCAAACGAAUAUAAAUUUAUCCACUGUUUUUUCUUUUAUAUGACUAGUCACCGAUUUGGUUGGAAGAAAUUGUGUGAAACACGACGACGUAGAUUUGAGAAGUUUUAUCGAUCGUCUAAAUAACAAAUUGGGUAUAGUAUAUGAUAUUUUGUACAUUCGCGUUGUUUUUAAACUUAUUAUUAUCAUGGACUUUAUUUACAACUGUGUGCGACCGUUCCAAGUCCAGAAUUAAUAUAAACAUUGUCUUGGCUGUUCAAAACGUCGAGACAUUUUAAAACAAAAUAUACUCCAUGUCAAUAUUUUUCAGGUAGUUAAAAAAAACGUCUUAAGGCUUUGGUCAUCUCGCGUCGCGUUUUACAAUCUUUUCUGAUAAAAAUAGGUUUACUACGUGUAUAGUAAAAAAAAAAAAAUUAAAUAGUAAUUUGGUCUAUAGCGUGUAUUUUUCGCUCUUUCGAUCGUAUUUUGUACCCGCUGAAGUUUUCCUAUGUAAUGACGUCUGUUACAACGGGGAGAGAAUUAAUGUUGUACCGUGGUGUUUUUGAAAACAAAACACACGUGAUUCGUACACGAUUCGGUUAUUUUUGUGGCCGAACCGGGAGUAAAUUUGGACCGCGGCACCUGGACUGUGCAGUAACCGCGGGUAAUUAUAAUUAUCGCCGACGACGGCACCUUACCACUAGCGUUUUCUUCUGGUGAUUGGAUCCGAACCCGUACGAUAUGAGGAUCACGACGGUGUAGAUGAAGAAGCCGAUGAACACGCCGGACGCGAUGAUUUCCGCGUCCGGGUUUUUCUCCUCGUUCAGGUUCCACGUGCCGCCCACGCCCAGGAAACCGCCGUGAUAUCCGGUCCUGUACAGCACCAGAAUGAUGAUGUUCAGCACCUGCGAAAAUCGAAAUUUCCACGGUUACAGUUAGUCCGCGAGCCCCGGGGAAAACGCGCGGGAAAUCUCCCGUUCCGCAUAUAGGUACCAAUUUCACGACUUUAAUGACGACCGUGCCCACGCUCGCUAUGUUCACCAUCGCGAAUCCGUCGUCGUAUCCGUAUCUGCAGUAACGUGUCGCGGUGUCGACGGUGUCUCGUGGUCCGCGGACAAAUCGCGCGCGCGCAUGUACGCGCAAAACACGCUCGUUCGACCGCGCGAAUAAACCGUGUUGCCUGGAUUCCGGAUUCCGGAUGGAUCGUCUGCGCGGCCCCGGGUGACGUCGUCGAUUGCGGUGCGACGGAACGCCGCGGUCUCUCGAUUCGCGAGCGCGCGUGCCUACUUAUCUAUUUUUUUUUUUUUUUUAUUGUACGAACGCGUUCAACGCAAUAAACUCGGCGGGUCCGCAAUGUGCGCGCAUGCCACGGGCGUCUCGUGUACAACACAAUAUAAUGAUAAUAAUAACCUGGUAGAGGUGCGUGCGUUACGUAUGUACAUUCAGAUAAGUCACGUCGUAACAUUAAUAUCAAUAACGUUUGUGUGACGACACUCGACGAGGAAACCCGAUUAGAUUACCCGGCCGCGCGCGUUCAAUAUACAGGGUGAUGAGCAGCCCCCCCCCCAACCUUCCCGCCCCGCCCCGCGUGCCAUGCAAUUCCCGUAAACCGAAGCAGUUUCGGUUCGGUCGGGACGUUGCGCCGGCACGUUUAAAAGUUCGGCUCGUCGCGGCACAGGAACGCCGCCGAGACCCCGCCGCACGAAUAACGCCGAACCGUUCGGUCGCUUCCCUGUUUCACUACCCGCGAAAAAAGGACCCCACUCAGAAUGGUCUAGUGCCCGUUGCCUAAAAUACCGUGUCCCCUGAAUAACUACAAAUGCGUGUACCUAGUAUUUUGUAACGGGCGCGCGCAUUUUUGAUUGUAGAAAUAACAGUAAAGCCGAUGACAAUCAACCUAACCGCUACACAAUAUCGUUUAAUAGUUCAUUUAAAAUUGUUUUGUGUUACAAUUAAAAUCGUGUGCCCACGCUUUAAUUCGUGUUUAAUUGUGUUGAUAAUAUUUGUGUACUUUUUUUAUAAAUAACAUACACGUGUAAGUAUUGUGUAUAAAAGGGCUACGUAGUCACACGGGUUGUUAUUUUUCUCGUCUACGGAAAUCUAUCAUUUCUAUCAGUGAGUUAAAAAGUGUGUCCUCCGAAAUCGAUUGCGUAUUUCGGGUCCUGGACUCGUAACUGUAUGCAAUUUAAAACGCAGACAUUUAUUUCCGCCGAAACUUCGCCAAUUUGUUGUCGAUUGGUUUUUUUUCUAAUACGAGGACCCGGGUGGACAAAAUUGAAAAACGUCCCAAAAGAAGUCAAUACCUACAUAGGUAUUUUCCUUGAUACUUAAUGGGUGGUGCGUUAAAUCACACUGUAUACUAUUAACAUGUGCUUGAUGUGUAAUGUGACUUAUGUAAACACACACACACGAUAAGCAGUUAAGUGUAUAGCAAUGUUUGCGCUGAACAAAUCGUUUCGGUAGGUAAUCAAAUUAAGGUGCACUGGAGUUUUUCGAAGAUUACUCCUAUCGACAUGCCAACACACCCACAAAAAAAGUUUUGUAACGCCGGUUUCGAUAAUCCGUAUUUUUCAUUAUCGUUAAAAAAACUAUUUUUAUAUUUUUUUACUGUAAUUAAUAACUAUGACACAACAUUGCGGAUGACGAUGAGAGGUACGUUGUAAACCCUCGAAGGUUAGCACUCUUUUUUUUUUUUUUUAAAGAAUAUACACAAAAACUCGUUUGUUGUAUAGGUAUUUCGUUACAAGAUAUAUUAUAAUAUGCAGAGCUGGUUCAAGUCGUAUUGGCAUUCAAUGCAAAAAAAAAAAAUGUAUCCCCAACGUUAGAAUUUGAUAAUACUUGGCAAAUAUAUCGUAUGUCUUUACAUAGAAAAGUAAAAAACAAUUGUUUAAUAUGAUAUAAUAAUGUUACAUUACAUUUUCUAGAUAAUCAUGUUCACGAUAGGCAGGUAUUAGGUACAUAUAAAUACUUUGUAGCACGUGAAAUAGACGCAAUUAUGAUAUCAUAUUACUACUGUUACUUACACACUACAUUGAAACACGAACGUAUAAAUAAGUAAAAAUCGCAUUUCUUAAUUUUUAAUCUGCAUAAAUUUACCUAUAAUUAAAUGUAUAUAUAUUGGUUUGUAUUAAGUUUAAGUUUAUAUAAAUUGUGUGCACCUGUACCUAUAUUGAUAUAAGUUUAUAAAUUAGGUUAGAUAGAUAAAGAAAACUUGUUUUGAUCCAUAUUCCGUUUCGCACAACUUUGAAAGUUUCCGUAGCCGGCCCUGCAUAUAAUAAUGUGUGCAAAAAAAGUAGUCUGUCUUUAAAUCGAACUUUUUACCAAAAAGAUAAUAUUGCUCAAUUUUUAAACGAUUUAUGUUCCCCUCGAAGGAUAACAAUGAAUUUCAAGACUAAUCUAAAGCUCAUUUACGUGUCUAGGAGUUGGGUCUGGACAUAACCGAAGAACAGCUAAAUGAACUUCGCAGCAACAUUGACAAUGUGGACUUUGUGGCGGCCGCCAACGAGGAAAAGCUCACCCGGCACGACAUCAUGGCUCACGUGCACACAUACGCUACUUGUUGUCCGACUGCUGGGCCCAUCAUUCACUUGGGCGCCACUUCGUGCGAUAUCGGAGACAAUGCCGUAAGUCUGAACCGUACGGCGUACACCCAGUACAAAUGAUUUUAUACGCAAGUGUAAAUUACAUUGUGCUAAUUGUCGUAAUUUUUUUAGGACCUAGUGAUCUUGAGAGACGCUUUUGAUUUGUUGUUACCGAAACUGGCCGGUUGCGUGAAAACUUUGUCCGAAUUCGCCGAAAAACAUAAGUCUUUGGCCACGUUGGGUUUCACACACUUUCAGUAAGUACUAAUCUUUUUAAGAUUUUCUAUGCCACAGUGUGUAUUUGACUAGUGGAGUGCCUUCUUGUGCCCUCUUCUCCAAUUUUCAAAAAAUCAUAAACCCUAUAAUAUAUUAAACAUAUAAAAGGCACAUAAAUACUAUUUUGGAUUACACAUAUGUACCUAUAGAGAUUUGUUUUAAUGAAAACAUUAAAUUUAACAUAUUCUAUACAUUAACAAUUUAUAAAUUUAUAAAUCUUUACAAAAUAUUUAUCUAUUAAUAUAAAAAAAGUGAACCAAAAAAUACACACAGGUAUAUAAUUUUACACCAAUAGCUUUCUCACUUCAUUUAAAAUCUAAAAUAAAGCAUUAAGAAUAUUAUCAAAUAUAAUUUGUUAUUUUUAUUUACAAGGGAGGUCAAAAAUAUUUUUGAAAAGACAUUAUUUUAUAUAUUAUGUAUGAGUUUUAAUUUUAAUACAUAAUAAUUAACAUAAUUUUUUAGACCAGCUCAACUGACUACUGUUGGUAAACGAGCCUGCCUAUGGCUACAGGAUUUAGUUUUGUGUGAAAAAACAAUUAGUCGUGUUCGUGAUGAUUUGAAGUUUCGUGGUAUCAAAGGAACUACUGGAACUCAAGCAUCAUUCUUGCAAUUAUUCAAUGGUAAGUUAUUUAUUGUUUAAUAUACAUAGGUUUGUAUCAUAUGUGUAUCUAUUAACAUUAUGUUUUUAAUGUUUUACAGGGGACUAUGAAAAAGUUAGAGAAUUAGACAAGAAAGUGACACAGCUUGCUGGAUUCCAGUCUUCAUAUUCUGUUACUGGUCAGACAUAUCCUCGAAUGGUCGAUGCCGAAGUAGUUUCAUCCCUCAGUGUUCUUGGGUCUGCUGUCCAUAAGGUAUUUCAAUAUUAAAACAAAUUAAUGUUUAUAAGGCGAAAGAACAUAAACAAUAUUUUAGAUUCUGGGAGGAUUGAGAAUGUAUUAGUUUAAUAACUGUAUUUAUUAUUUUUUUAUCUAUGAACAAUUUUUCUACCAGAAAUCUUACUUUGAUUUUUAAUUAUGGCAUUUUUUUUCUGAAAGUACAUUUUCCUGGGGUGGUAUUUUAAGGAAGUCAUGUUUUGAUUCUCCCCAGGGUUUUCAUAAUAAAUUGAUAUGAAUGUAAGAAAACAGGAAAAUUAUCGAAAUGUAUUAUUAUUAUACCGUAGAUAUUAUGGUCUUUCAAAACAGGUAUUACCGAACUCCGUUCAGAAUCGUUUUUGUUAACAAUGAUUAGGGUUCAGAUGUUUAUGAAAUUGAAUAUUUUUUUUCUGUUUAUUCAAUUCAAUGCUGACCUGGAUACAAAUUUGACUCGUGUUCUACUGAAUCAAAUAACAGUAUUUUUAUUUUGCAUAUUUUAUAGUUUUGUAUUUUAGGAUUUUAAGAACAUAAAUGUAUAUUUCAGUAAAUUUUAGAACUUUUUUAAAAUAAAUUUGAAUUAUAAAAAUUAAAUACACUUAAGAUACAUUUUUUUUUUUUUAAAUUAAAAAUACAUACUUAAUAUUUUUCAGUGUGUAUUUGGUUGCUUAUUUGGUAACUUUUUAGUGUGUAAAUGCAUACAUAUUACAGUUAAUUAAAGUGCAUAAACAUCUGAACCCUAUUAAUCAUAAAAUAAUAAAGUAAAAACAAAAUUAUUAAAAUGAUUAAAACUUGUAAAUAAAUAUAGUUAAUAAAAAAUGUAUGUAAAGAAAUAAAAAAAUAAUUAAAUAAACAACACCAAUAAUACCUACAAAAAUAAGCUUGAUAAAAUAUUAUAAACAAAAUAGCAUAGUUUAACAACAAAAUACAAUUAUUAACAACAUAGUGAAUAAAUUGAAAGCAAAUAAUUCAGAAAUAGUUCUAGUAUAUAAAUCAAUGUUAUUGUUAUUAUUUACAUAAAUGAAAUUCAUAAAAAAACUUUAGAUUUUAUAAAUAAUAAUAAUAUUCAAAACUUAACAUUUGACCCAAAUAUAAUUUACACUAAAGAAAUUAAUAAACUGAUAACAAUUUUGAAUGAAAACAUACCUAAGUCCAAAAGAAAAUAUUAUUAAAAUCGUAUUACAAAAUAGAAGCUCCACACAUACAUCCAUUAAUAAAAUUACAUAAACAAGAUAAUCCGAUUCGUUCAUUAAUUAACUUUAAAACUACUCCAGCUUAUAACCUUGCUAAAUAUUUAGACUUUCUCAUAAAAGAAAAAUUAAACAUGAAUAAUGAUACUUAUAAAAAAAAACUUAUGAGUUUAUUGAAAAAAUUAAUAAAAUUAAUAUUGAGCCAGGUUACAAAAUGAUUCUUCUUGAAGUCAAUAAUUUAUAUACAUCCAUUUCUGAAUAUGAAACAGUACAUUUUUUAAAAAAUAAACUUAUACAUAGUAAUAAAUUUAAUAGAAACGAAUUACAAGAAAUUAUUCAAUCAUUAAAUGUAAUUAUUAAUCAAAACUAUUUUCAAUAUAAUAAUAAAUUAUAUUCGCAAAAAGAUGGGUUAGUUAUGGGUAGCCCUUUAAGUGUUCUUUUAUCUGAAAUUUACAUGUAAAAUUAUGAAACCGAUAAUAUUAUUUAUAACAAAAUAUACAAUCUAUAUAUAAAAUUAUAUUACAGAUAUGUUGAUGACACUUUUUUUUUUUAUUUAAACAUUCAAAUAGACAAGCAGAAAAUUUAGUUAAAAUUAAAUAAAAUAAAUUAAAAGUUAAGUUAAUAAGUUAAAAAUAUAUUUAAAUUUAUUCAUUAUGCAUGUGUGUGCAUAUAUUCAUGUUCAAUGUACAUAUACUACAUGUAUUCAUGUGUGCUUAUUGUUAUUACUAUUAUUAGUUAUUAGAUAUGCACACAUAUUAGAUCAAAAUGUGCAGCUUAUUUUUCUCGUUCCAAAAAUUAAUUAUAAACAAUUUCUGAAAGUGUUGUACUUCAAUGGAUUGUUGUACAACAACUUGGCACUUCAAAUACUACUUACAACUUUGGUCAUAGCAAGAAUUAAAUUAAUUUUUUUAUUUAAUCUGUGGUAGUUGUUUAUGAUCUGUACACUUAAUAUUUAAACAUUAAUGUAUAAAAAUAAUUGUUAUGAAAUGCAUACCCAUGCUUAAUAGAAAAUUUCAAAGUUAACACAUAGGUAUAGCCAUAGGCAUAUUAAUAACUCAUUUUUGACAAAAAAAAAAAAUGUUUUAAAAUCAUUAUUCCUGUUAUGCUUUAAACUUUUAAUAUAAAGUUUAAUAAUAUAUUGAAUUUUAUUUAUAUUUGUAUAGAUCUGUACAGAUUUGAGACUAUUGGCUGGUUUAAAUGAGAUUGGAGAACCAUUUGAAUCUACUCAAAUUGGCUCUAGCGCAAUGGCUUACAAACAAAAUCCGAUGAGAAGUGAAAGGGUUUGUUCUAUUUCUCGUUACUUAAUGAAUCUGGUUAACAAUGCAUUGACCACUGCAUCUGUGCAGUGGUUAGAGCGUACAUUAGAUGACAGUGCGAAUAGGUAUGUGUUAAAUUAAUCACUAUUGCUAUUACUUUUACAAUUUUUAACAAAUGUGUUUUUAUGUUUCAGACGUCUAUGUUUAUCUGAAGCAUUUUUGUGCGCGGAUAGUGUUAUGUUAACAUUGCAGAAUAUUCUUGAAGGAUUAACUGUAUUCCCAAAAGUAAUAUCAAGAAAUAUUGACAAAGUACUACCCUUUAUGGCGACAGAAAACAUAAUUAUUGCAAUGGUCAAAAUUGGUGGAGAUAGACAAGUAAUUAUAACAUAAGUAAAAUAAUAUAAAAACAUAAAUUUCACUCAUAUAUAGAGAAAGUCGUACUGUUUUCUUAAUUUUCCAUAUUGUGUAGCUAUAAUAUGAAAAAUAGUAAAAUAUCAUGUUCUUUGUAUAGCACAGAAAAUAAAUUGUUAAAAUAACUUUUUUAAUUUUGUGAGAUUUGAUAAAAAAAUUUAAAUUAAAUACAGGUUUGCCAUGAAAAGAUAAGAGUUUUGUCAUUAGAGGCAGCCAGUACAGUUCGUGUAGAAGGUAAAGACAAUGAUCUUCUAGAAAGAAUCAAGAAAGAUCCAUAUUUUGCACCAAUAUUAGAUCAACUACCUCAGCUUUUGGAUCCGUCUACAUUUAUUGGAUGUGCUUCUGAACAGGUACAUCAAAAAUAAAAAAAACAUACAUUUUUAUUUCGAUUUUUAAUAACAUAUUUGUUAUUUAUUUUAUACAGGUUACAUAUUUUUUGAAAGAAGAAGUACAUCCUUUGAUUGACAAGUAUAUCACUAAAAUUAAAACUACGGCUACAAUUUUGAAUAUCUAAAUCACAAUACCCUUGUAAUGGACUUACCAUGAAAAUACAACUUUCCAAUUUAUAUGCCAAAAAUGAUUAGAAUUUAAUUAUUUUUUUAUUAACUCCCCUAUUAUUUGUUUUUAAAACUGUAAUUUGUUUUAAAUUCUUGAAGGGGCUUUAUUUUUAUUCAAAAUAAGAUAUGUUAAAAUUAUACAAAAGCAUUAUUAUAGAAAAAAAUUAUAAUCAACAAUAAAUACUAUAAUAGUUANCUUUAACCACUGUUUUGGAGAAUAUACCUAUUACAUAUAACCAUAUAUAUUUGUAUAAUAAACGGGUAAAGACCCUUUUGUGUAGGCAGUACAGGUUUAAAUAUUUAAGUAUUUUAUAGUUAACAAUAAACAUCUCGAUUUAAAACAAUAAUAAUAAUGAAGCUAACAAUACAAAAUAAUAAUAAUUAGACAAAUCUAAAUAAUGAAAACAAUAAUAAUACAAUAGGAGACAAACACUAAAUCAAUAAUAUAAUGAUAGAAAAUUACUUAAUUUACAACAUCGUUUAAGACUAAAUAUACAUUUCUUUUGAAAACAUUACGUGACAUAAAGGAAAAAUCUACAUUAUCAACAAUAAGAUUUGCUAGUUUUAAUGCUCUAGGAAAGUAAGAAGAGGAGCUGUAGUUAUUAUUAUAAAAUGGAACAUAAAAAAAGUUUGAUUUUCUUAAACGGUUAUUUGUUGUAUUAAAUUCAAUCAUAGAGAGCAAAUCCAUGGAAAAAAUGUAACCGUUUAACAAAUCAUAUAUAAACAUAAUAUCAGCAACCUCUCUUCUUACUUUACAAGAUAUAAAGCCCAACUCGCCUAUUCGCAUAUUGUACGAGUUCUUUGAAAUAAAUGGAANAUUUAAUUUGUAACACAAUAAUUUUAAGAAUUUAAGUUGUACAUUUUCAAUUGAAUUAAUAAAUGUGAUGUAACUAGGUGACCAGACUAUUGAUCGAAACUCAAGAUGAGAUCUAACAAGCGCAAAAAAUAAUGUUUUCAAGGCAUUUAUAUUUUUAAAAUUAACUGUGUUUUUUCGGUUGAUAAAGCCAAGCAUCUUAAAGGAUUUUUUAGUAAUAGUAUUAAUGUGAGUAGUGAAAGACAAAUCGUAAUCAAUAAUAAUCCCUAAAUCUCUAAUAGAAGUUGCUCUUGUAACGGAACAAUUAUCAAUUUUAUAAUCAAAGCUAAUAGGAUUAUUGAUUCGUGAAAAAGUAAUAACAUUACAUUUGUUUAUAUUUAGAGAUAAACUA